GCUUCGCUUUCUGCUCUGAGCCUAGCGGAGCACCGUAGCAGCGGCUCCGACGGGAACAGAGCUCCAGCGUUCUGACGUGCUCCUUACGUCGUCACGGACGUGGGCCUCUCCGGAUACACGUCAUGACGUGGACACUGUGUCGGUGAUGACGACAGCGCAGCCACGCCAGCAGACGCGUCUUCCUGUUAGCAUCAGGUGCUAACGCUAGCCACUUCCGGUGUGGUUUUAUAACAAGACUGAUAAAGUUAUGCAAUUCAAGAGAGAGUGAUCAUUAAAAGAAGAGAAGAAGACGAGGCAUGAAGGCUGACAUGCCUCAGGUGCGGCGUUCGGUGAGCAAUGCAUUGUGGGCCAUGUGUGCAGCGGACUCCAUGUCCAUGCCGGUCCACUGGUUCUACGACGUUGACGACAUCAGGAGGGACUUCGGCGGCUGGAUGUCCGGCUUCAGGUCCCCCAGAGACCGACACCCGUCCAGCAUCCUGAGCCUCUCCAACACCGCCGGCAGCGGUCGGAGCGCCUGGUCCUCCGGCGCCAAACGACCUGACGUGGUCGGUAAUGUGAUCCUCCACGACAAACUGAACCUGUGGAAGGCCUCCAAAGGAUCCGUCCACUACCAUCAAGGUCUUCAGUCCGGAGACAACACCCUGAACGUCCUCUGUUCCCUCCGAGUCGCCCGCUCUCUCGUCGCCGGGCGUUUCAGUGACGUCUCUCAGCCGGAGGCCCGAGCCGCCGUCCUGGCGGACUACGUCCAGUUCCUGACGACGCCCGGCACGCACCGCGACACCUACGCCGAGUCCUUCCACCGCUCCUUCUUCUCCAGCUGGCAGGACAGCAGGCCGACCUCACCCAGUCAGGUUCUGGCGUUUGCAGAGAAACGCAGCAGACAGAUGCUGAGCUCGUCGCUCGCCGACAGCCAGCUGGACGCCAUCGGCUGCCUUCCCAUGAUCCUCCCCUUCGUCCUGCUGUCCGCCUCGGCCAAUGAGGAGCGAGCGGUCUCAGCAGCUGUAGAGUUCGUGAAGCUCACCCACCCCCACCCGAAGGUGCCCGAGUACGUGUCCAUGUACAGCCGGGCGCUGCACGCCGUUCUGGGCGGAGCCAGCGUCCAGCAGCAGGCGGAGAACGCUCUGAGGAGACUGGACGCCUGGGAGGAGUGUCAGCGCUACGGACGCCAGGCGGCCAGGUUUCCUCGGGGUUCUGACGAGCAGCUGAAGGUCCAUCAGAGCGCCGUGAGCUACCUGGGCCUGGCCUGCUACACUAAAGGAGCUCUGUCCAGCCUGUUCUAUCUGGCCCACCAGUUCCAUGACGACGUCGGCGGAGGAAUCAUGGCCAACACCAACUGUGGAGGUGAGAACUGUAACCGCGGGGCGGCGCUGGGGGCCCUGCUGGGGGCCGGGGGGGCGGGGUUCCCCAGGACUGGAGGGACGAGAUGAGAGACGCCCAGGAGUUCAUCCCCGACAUCCUGAAGGACAUGCAGUGACGACACUACCAAAAUAAAAGCCUGUCUUCCUGUUUAUUUUGAAAAUCAUUUUUUCCCCCUUAAUUUAGUUUGUGUUUGUAUGGAAUAAAAAAAUAAUUAUUUAAAAACUGAGAACUAAGAAAUCUAUUUAUACUUUUCCUGUUUUCUUAUUUUUAACAACAAAUAAAAUGUGAAU